CUAGUCGCCAUGAUGAAUAGUGCGCUGCACUGUGAAGUAAUGGACUGCAAAAAGUCUAUUUCUAAUCUUUGAUAUAGGUCAUUGUUUCAAUUUGUAAUUGAAGCUACGCCAUCCACAGGAUGGAAGUUGACCAGCAUGAGCAAGCUAUGGAGACUGGUGGUUUUGACUCUGAAAUGGAUACUGCUGUCAGCAAAGAUGGUUCCAUUGAUCCAAGUAAGGAGUUGGGUGCUAAAGAAAAACUGAGCAGAUCCAAGACUAGCGAUGGUGAACAAAAUGACGUGAAAGACUCUAGUUUGAUUGUGGGAAAUGGCAGUCGUGAUUCUGAUGAUAGUUGUGAUUCCAGUAAAGAGAGUUCAGAUGGGGUUGAUGGUGAACUUGAGAAAAACAGUGACAAGCAGUCAAGACAAGAAUGUGUUAUGAAUGGCGACUUGUCUGAUCACAGCUCUCUGUCAAGCAGUAGUGAACAUGAUGCAGAAAGUGAAAAAUAUGAAGGCAAAGGACUGGACUUUACAGAAAAAAGUUCCACCUCUUCACAGAAUGGAAUGUCAGUUGAAGUAGAAUGUACCACCAUUAGUAAUUCAGGAAUUGUGCCUGAAGACCAAUCUGAAAAACUUUCAAAGGAUGAAGAGUAUAAGAGAGGUACUGAAAGUGAUGAUCAAAGUAAAGAAAGCAAACCUAAUGAAGAUAACAGCCUUAUUGGUGAUACAGAGGAGAGUGAAUGUAUUGAUGAUAAAGCAAAUGAUGAAACUGAAGGCAAAAGCAUUGGCAAAGAUUCAGAGAGAAUGGACGUUGAAGAAAAUCGGGAUGAUGACGACAAGAUCUCAGUUAGUGCAGAAUGCACUGAUGUACCGAGUAAAAGUGAUGAAGAUGAAACUGAAGUGAGCAAAUCAAAUGAAAGUGAAGAUAAAAUGGAAGUCUCUACAACUACUGUUGAAGAAGAAAAAAGUAAUAAGAAUGGAGACCGUUCUGAAGAGAGCAAAUCUGAUCAUUCUGAAAAUGAUGAAAAAGGCAGUGAAGCAGAAAGCUGUGCAACCAAUAAUGAAUCUGACAAUUCUAAAAAAGAUGGCAAAACUGAGUCCAAGCCGAUUGAAAUUAAUGAUGUUGAGGAUCGUGAUAGUUCUUCCAGCAACAUAAUGAAAGAUAAAAGAAGUAUAGGAGACAUUCUGUCUUCCAAAAAAGACAAGUCAUUUUCCUCAGAGUCAUCUCUUGUGGGUAACCCUCCCUUUAUAAAUGUCACAUAUUCUGCUCGGGGUCCAGUUCCAAAAGUAACUUCUAUUGGUAACAAUCUUUUGAAUACUUCAUCAUCUGUAAGAAUGGUGGUUCCCUCCUUGAAAUCUCAAACCCAUCCACAGUAUCAAAACCAAUUCCAGUUCUAUUUACAAGGUCCAGGUGGAAACAAUGCCAAACAGUAUGUGAGUGUUUUAAGUACUCAACCUGGAAUUCGAGCUCAAGAUCGUCAGAUUAAUAAUAAGCCUCAAGAGAAAAUUGAGCCCCCACGUCCACCACAAUCCAGCAUGGAUAUGAUAGAACUGUCAAGAUGGGAAGUAAAACAAGGGCUACAUAGAAGAGCAAGAAACACAAAAAUUAGACCAGAAUCUGAGCUCAGCAAUCUUGCAAGAUUUCUUCGCGACUUCGGGCAGGAUUUGGUGAAAGAAGCCGUCUAUAGUGAUCUGGUUAAAAUUCAACAAAAACGCAAUGCAGAAGGAAAGUUGAAGACUAAAGAAGCUGAAGAUUUCAAGAAGUUAAGAAAUGUUCAUCAGGAACUUCACGAAAAAGUUGGUCCAUGUAAAGUUCAUUUUAAUCGAAAGUGUUCAUGUGGCUUCAAAACCGAGUCCAUUAAUGUGAUGUAUUCUCACAAACAGCGUCCUCAUAUUGAUGUGUAUGAUAUGUGCUGUGCAUAUUGUUCUUUCGUCACAAGAAAUCCUCAUGCUUUCAAAUUUCAUCUUGAGGGCGAACAUAAUGUCAAACCCAUCAUAGAAAUGAAACCACCACUGUGGGAGUGUAAUCUGUGUCCUUAUGAACAUAACAUUAAAAACAAACUGACACAACAUAAAUUCAAAUGUACCAAGAACUUCAAACUGCAUCUAAAUCUUCAUCCAGCCUGGAUGCCUGGACCAGAGAUCAAUUUCUGUCUUGAGAAUAUGAUGUAUAAAUUACCUGUCGUUAAGACACCUCAAGCCCAGAUGUUCAACAAGCCGACUAUUCGUGCCCAGCCCAAAAUAGGUCCGCGUCCACCAGCACCAAGAGUGAGUGAAACCAUUCAGCAGAUCAAUGCUGCACGUGCACAGGCACAACAGAUGAUGAAGUUUGGUGGGCAGAGACCAGGCUUGGCACCAAAUGUGAAUUUCUUCCAGAACAAUUCUGCCAUGCAAAGAACUCCUCUUAGAACAGUGUCCUCUACCUUAACUGGAAAUCGCCCAGGCUUCCAUCUAAACAGGAUGCCUACAUCUUCUGCAAUGCCGUUGAUGAUGAAGCAACAGAUUAGAAAUCAGACGCCAAAAAUGUCUAUGGUCACACCAAAAUCUACAACCACCAAUGUCACUUCCAAGAUCAAUCAUCUGAUAUCAAUGAAUGACACGGUGCUGGAUAUAUCUACGAAGGGACAAAGCAAUUCAGGAUUUGAGAUAUGUGAAAUAUGUGGAGGAUAUGUUAAAGAUCGAGCAGCUUUGCGUAUUCACUUCUUUUAUGCUCAUCGAAUUGACAUGCCUUAUGCUGUCUUUGACCGCAUUCAUCCACCGUUGUACUGUGCUACUUGUUUCUCUCGUUUCUGGACUGCUCAGGGUCUUCAGAAGCAUCUUGAUGUCCACAAAGAGGAUUCUUCUGGCGGGGUUGCAGGAAAGUGUGUUGUUUGUGGCCACCGAGUCCCCAACAUCUUGAUGCACAUGAGGAUAGUGCACAACAAAGCUUUGAACAAUUUUUUGAAAGAAUGUAAAUGCAUAUUCUGUGGGACCUCAUUCCAGAACAAAACAAUUGUAGAAAACCACAUGGCAGCCAUACAUGGUGUCGUCGUCAAGUCUGGGGCUCCAGUUGAAUCUCCAUCCUCUAAUUCUCCACGACAGGCAACUGAAAAACAAGGACAACCUAGUCAAAAGUCUGGUACUGCUCUUGUAAAAGGCAGUGUGUGUGUAUUGUGUAAUCUGAAUUUCGGUCGCAAUGUUGAUCUGACAAGGCAUUGUAUGAAGGUGCAUCAUACUUGCAUGAAAUGCGGUAUGGUUGUUGCCGACAAAUUGUCUCUUAUGAAACAUACUUGUCUCGAAUCUGCCGCAGGCCUAAGAAACUGUGAACUCUGCGGGGAGAAAGGUUUUCAUCCCGCAUACCAUGUUAAACACAUCAGAGAUAAACAUUUGAAGAAGUGUUCUGUGAAAGUUAAGAAGUUAUUGAUGGAUAAGGAUAAUAAUGUAAAUGUUGGGCCUAGCGAUCGGUCAGUGGGAAAGCGUAAAUUACCAGCAGCUGAUGAAGUCAUUGAUGUUGAUAGUCAACCUUCGCCAAUUAAGAAAUACAAGCAGUGUAAGGAGUCAGUCAGGCUGUACAGGGAGUCCAUCCUGUUGGCAUCGGACAACGAUUCUGAUUCAAGUACUUCUAAGAAAAGAAAGCUCAGGGAUACCGAAAACCAGUCUGAAGAUGAUUCUCACAAAUCUGUUAAGAAGGCUAAAACUAAUGAAGAAAGUCAAUCUCAUGACAAAACUGAAGAUAAGAACACUAAUUCUGAUAUGGAUACUAGUGAUAAAGGAAAAGCAGAGGAAACAAGGUCAGAUGCUGAGGUCAAUCCCAGUGGUAGUGGUGACACUUGUAAGACUGAUAGUCUUAAAACAGCAAACAAAGAAGAAGAAAAGGAUACUUCUGAAAACUCUGAUAUGAAAAAGUCUACUCAGGAAGCAGCUGCCAGUUUCAAGAACUCUGAUGAUGCAUCUGAGAGUACGCAGGACAAAGAUGAAGCAGUUGAUAGUCCCAGCAGCAGUUCGGAACAAAAAGCAAAAGCUAGUCCACCACCAGCAACAAAACCCGAGAGUGUAACUCCACAGGAUGAAAGUAUUGCUAAUGAUGGCGAUAGUUCUAGUGAUGAAGGGGAUAGCAGUGCCUUCUGUGGCUUCCAGAGUCUGACGAAACCAGACAAGGACACAGACGCUGACAUUGAUAUUGAAAGUCUCAAUUCAGAUUCAGACUCUGACUAAACAUGACUAAAACUGCCUUGGUGUAUAUAUAUAUAUAUAUAUAUUCUCUUUUUCUUUUUUUUUUAGGUGGGAUGCAAUAUAUGUAAACACACACACACACAGCAUAAUCAUUUGUUGUGACAAAAGGUGUUAAAUUUCCAUCCAUUUUAACACCUUAAUAACUUGAGAUAGCUGUAUUCCGUAGCAUUGUUUACUUUAGAAGUAUUUCUCAUGCUAAAUCUGAAAUUUAACCAAAUAUUAUAAACUGCCACCAGUCUCGAAAACUGAAGUAAUGCGGCAUUAAUUUUGACUGUCCCAAAUAAUGUGUUGUGUAUUCCAUGAUAGAUUUGUUUGAAUUGAAGGGGUGUUUUUUUUUGUUGCUUUUAUGUGCAAGAUUCUUAACUGAUGUACUGUGGUACUUAAUUAUUGAAAAUCAUUGAAUGUUUGUUGUCUGGUGUCCUAUGGUGUUGUACAGUGAAUUCACGUAAAUCAUUGGUGUUUGGUUUCAUUGGCUUCACAUUGGGACCAAAUUUAAUCCUUUUUCCCCCAUUGUCUAUGAUCAGAGUAUUAAAACCAUGCAUUAACCCAGUUCUGGGCAGAAAUUAGAAAAUUGUAAUUAAUAAUAGUGUAUGUAGUCGUGCGUGUCUUGUAGUUGGGUAUCUUGAAGUUCUUCUAGUUCAGGAUUGGGGUUACAGUUGCAAAUUGACAUUUCAAUUUUGUGAAUAUGUUUCAUAGUAAAAUUGAUAGAAAGUGAGUAGCGUGUUUAUGAAGCUAUAUUUUAUUGACCUAUGAGCGUGAAAAUAAAUAUACAAAGAUUUUUUUACCAACUGAAUCCUGGGGGAUGUUAUUCGUUUUUCCUUUCAUUAUGAACCAAGGGUAGAAAUAAACAAUUUGUGCUGAGCAUACAAUACCCAACAUAAUCAUAACAAUUUCCAGACUUUUUUCCAUUAAUGAUAUUGAGCUGAAACUUGGAUUGCUUUAUCAUUUAGAGUUACAGAUCAUUUUGCCUUCAUGCAGAUUUGCCCAUUUUUGACAAAGUGAUGUUCUUUGAACUUGGAAAUACAAAGAUUUGUUGGGUGCAUUAGGAGACAUGUAUUUUUUUAUUAGUACUCGGAUUGCUUGUUUCAAAUAGUGUGUAAAUUGUUAAUGGCACACAGUAGCAACAAAAGGGAGAUAACUCUGAGUGGUUUGUGGAUAGGCUUGAUAAUAGGAUUUUGUUGUUGGUUAUAAACAUGUAUGCGAAGUGAGUAAUUGGGAUCUCUUCGUAACCAGUCCUAGACACCUGGAUACAGUCGAGGAAUUUGAGAGUGAUGAUACUAAUUUGAAUUUAUCAGUAGUGCCAUAAUGUCAGUGUUUUUGCAAAACUUGUUACAAGUUCAAACAUGAGGAAAUGAAAAGAACAACAAAUUGCUUGUAAUGUACUGUAUAAUGUUAUAAGUACAGUAUAUCACAAGCUGUAGUUUGUACUUUUCUGUCUGGGAAACUGCAUAUAAAAGAUCCUUUGAUGCUUUAUUAGUAGGAAUAGCUUAUGAAGCAGCAGUAGUUUCUCUGUUUACCAAAUGUCAAAAUAACUGUUAAUGUCACCACUAUAUUGAUUGAUUAAUUAUUGGCUGUUUCAAACGACGUAAAAAAAAAAUCAUCAGCAAGGAAACUUCAUAUGCACUUUACCACAUGCAGGACAGUACAUCCCACAGCCUUUGAUAUACCAUUUGUAGGGCACUGGCUGAGAUUGGGGGAAAAUACUAUCACAGAAUGGGUUGACCAUUCUUUUGAAUAUAGGUGUGUGUAUAUUCAGUGUUUCUUAUUGUCCUAUUAGUUGUAUGUAACCCAAACUGGAUUUGGUCUCCCAACAAUUUCAUACGUACGGAAAAAAAAAACCCAUAUAUAUAUAUAUAUAUAUACAUACAGAGGUUAUUACCAGUGUUUUUCGGUAUUGUCAAUAUAAU